ACAUCUCAACUUUUUACAUCAUGGCUGAAGACUACGCGAAUAAUUCAAACUUUUCAAAUGAUUUUGAUUUAGCUUUUGCUUUAUUGGAAAUUCCAUAUGGAACAGUUAAAGAAGCAACUAUUGCCUUUAACAGCUUGAGAAUUGACCAAGAACCAACUCGAGGUGGUGUUACAAAAAAACUGGAAGUUAAAGACCAUAACCUAAUCAUAAAAAUAACUUCUAAAGAUAUCAAGAAAUUAAGGACUGCAGUUAAUUCUAUCAUGGAUUUUCUCAUAUUAACAACAGAGACAAUUGCAAGAUUUGGAUCUACUUAAUGUUACAGUGUUCUAGCAUUAAAAACAUGUAAAUAAUUGUGAAUAAAUUCUUUAAAUACA